UCCGAUAGGUGUCAGUAUAGUGCAAACGUAGAUUGCGCACCGCCGAUAAUCUACACACGAACAACAGUCUGCAAGCAACCGUGUUAGUUCAUUUUAAACUUCCAAGCAUGGCGGAGAAGAAAAUAUCGGUUCGCUCACAGGAUCCAACCCAGCGGCGGGUGCUGGACACCGCCACGCGCCAACGCCGUCUGACUCGCCAGCUCGAGGCUCUGGAGAAAGACAACUUCCAAGACGACCCUCACGCGAGCCUCCCUCAGCUGGUCAAACGACUGCCGCAGUUCGACGAAAGCAACGAAUCCGGUAACGAGCCAAGCAAGAGGAGGAAAAAGACAAGGGGUGAUCAUUUUAAACAGAGGUUUCGCAAAAACUUCCAGACUCUUCUGGAGGAGGAGGACUUGAGUGUAAGCGAGGGGCCAAACUAUCUCACAGCCUGUGCUGAGCCAUCUAAGUUUCCCCAGAGGCAUUUCUGUGCCGUGUGUGGCUUUCCUUCAAACUACACUUGUGUUUCGUGUGGAGCUCGCUACUGCUGUGUACGAUGUUUAGGAACUCACCACGAGACCAGGUGUCUGAAAUGGACGGUAUGAUUUGUUCAUCUGCGCUGACAUGCUGUCAAGCAAAACUAGCUUGAGGUUUGGCUAAUACUGCAAUCAGAAGUUAAGCUCAAUCUUUAAUGUCAAGUCCCUAUAGUUUCACAUCUGCACAUUUGACUGCUGUUAUCAAGUUUAAGCUCUGGUACACCAGGCCGUUUCACCUCUGCACUACACAAACAGCCUCUAUUUUAUGUAAAAGAUGAUUAAAACAUAAGCCAAAACAAGAACAGCUGUUGAAGUAUUUCUGACGAGAGAAAAUAUUACAGCAAAUAAGCAUUUACAAUUUAUUGAAUAUAUGGAGAUAUACAAUGUAGUUGUCUUGAAAUAAACCCAAGGGGCAGAAUAGAGAAACUUGUACCUUGUGGUUACCAGCCUCAAAAUGUGUACUUGCAGGACAAAAUCGCUUAUGUUGCUUAUAAGCAAGGGAAACUGCAGCUUGUAAAAUGAAUUUUUCCACAUACAGUUUUGCUGAGUAAGAUUGUUAUGUAAAUUUCUGUACAUAUGUUUAUAUUAAGUUGUAAUAAAAUGUCUGCAACAAACAAGUCUAGAAAUUUACUCUAGAAAUUUAUUAGAAGUACUAUUACAACGCUCCACCUUUUUAAAGAGUUUCCUUACUUUAACAUUUGAUUCAUUUGGCCGACGCUUUUUUCAAAGCGACAUACAUUGCAUUAAACUAAAAGUUUGUUUCUAAGUUGGCAAUCCCUGCUCUAAGCACUGAGCUACAGGAAAGCUGUACAUUUAGGCAUUUAACUGAUUAUUUUAUCCAUAUCCACUUGAAUGAGAGGAAACAAUGAAUCAAUACAUAGAGAGGCAAUAAUACUGGAAGCUGUUACAAGUGGCCAGGUUUCACAAACAUAUGCAUG